AUGUCUCAGUUCAAUGGAACCAUACAUAGAGGAGAAAGCUCUCACUAUGAGAGAAGGCGUAAUCGGGAAGAGGAUACGAUCAUAAAGGUCCCGGCGUUUGAUACCUCGGACCUCAUCGAGAAAUUCAAACUAACCUUAGUUGGAAGGAUGUUCCAUAAAGAUGGUAGAAGUGUAGAUGCGCUUCUCAAACACAUGCCAAAACGACGCAUCUGGGACGUCGAAGGAAGAGUUAAAGGAACAAACCUCGGGAAUAAUAAAUUCCAGUUUGACUUUGACAAAGAGGAAGAUCUCCAAAAGGUGCUGCUUAAGAGACCAUGCCACUUUAAUAAAUGGAGCUUCUCACUUGAGAGAUGGAUCCCAACCAUCAAGGAGGACUUCCCCAAUAAGCUGACCUUUUGGGUUGUAGUAGAAGGGAUCCCUAGCCACUAUUAA